AAAAAUUAAAGACAAAAACCAACACAGUCAUUGUUCAAUCCCCAGAACAACUGAUCUUCUUUUGGCACUAUCACUUACGCUUCCCCCCAUUUUUUUUUUCUUAACUAAUUUCCGUUCUCCACACACUUUCCCUUAUCCCAACCCAACCCCUUCAUAAUCCCAUUCUUUUCCUGUUUGGAUCCCUUGGGUUGGCCUUCCUAGUUAGUGUUCAUCUGUCCUGAAGCUAGGUUUCUUCAGUGACUUGCAUCAAUUGCUUGCUUCCUUUCGUUUGUUGCGUUCGUAUAUAUAUUUAUAUCACAAUGACUGUCAAGGACGCGGUAAAAGAGUCCUUGGUUGGCUCCAGUACGGAUCAGUCACAACCAUCACACCAGGCCAAGACGAAUUUCCUUCGUCACGCACGCAAGGAUGAGGGCACCGAAGACUUGUACAUGACGGAAGACGAUUUCAUCAAUGCUAUUGCCCCCAAGCAUGAGGAUUAUCACAAAAUCAAGCGUGAACAUUACGGAAUCCUCUUCAAGGUUGCCGAUCGCAAGCAGACUGGCAAGCUCAGCCUCAGCGAUUGGGCAACCUUCGAGAACCUCCUCUCGAAGCCCGAUGCCGAAUAUGAGAUCGCCUUCCGUUUGUUCGAUACCGAUGGCACAGGCACCGUCAAGUGGGAUACCUUCAAGAAUCUGUACAACGUGAACAAGGACAAGGAUAGCAUUCCAUUCGAUUGGAACUCGGAAUGGGCCUCCCUGUACACCGGACGCACAAAGAGUCGCCAUGACAUGACCUACCCUCAAUUCGCGCAAAUGCUCCGAGGCUUGCAAGGGGAGCGCAUCCGCCAAGCUUUCCACAUCUUCGACAAAGACGGCGAUGGCUACAUAGAGCCCGAAGACUUCCAGCGCAUUAUCCUGGAAACCUCGAAACACAAGCUGUCGGACUACGUGCUAGAACACCUUCCCAGUCUGUGCAACAUCUCCACCGGCACCAAGAUCUCCUAUGCCACUGUCCGUGCCUUCCAGAACAUCAUGCGCGAGAUGGACAUGAUUGAUGUCAUUGUGCGGGAGGCUACCCAGAAGAGUGAUGACGGUAAGAUCACCCGCGCCGACUUCUUGAACGAGGCGGCCCGCAUCACUCGCUUCUCCCUGUUCACCCCCAUGGAAGCGGACAUCCUGUUCCACUUCGCCGGCUUGGAUGCCCCCUCCGGCCGACUCGCUCAAAAGGAUUUCGCCAAGGUCAUCGAUGCAUCAUGGCGGAUGCCCCUUGCCAUUGCAGGUCAAGCCGCCGUCUCAACCGCCCAUAAGGCCGCGGACAAGACCAAGUCGCUCUUGUACAACGUGUUGGAGUCGGUCCACCACUUCGCGCUGGGCAGUUUGGCAGGAGCUUUUGGUGCCUUCAUGGUAUACCCCAUUGACUUGGUCAAGACUCGUAUGCAGAACCAGCGGUCUACGCGUGUCGGCGAAAGACUGUACAACAACUCACUCGAUUGUGCGCGCAAGGUCAUCCGUAACGAAGGUUUCACCGGUCUGUAUUCCGGAGUCGUGCCUCAGCUGAUUGGUGUUGCGCCCGAAAAGGCCAUCAAGCUGACGGUCAACGACUUGGUCCGUGGCCAUUUUACGAAUAAGGAGAACGGCAAGAUCUGGUAUCCUUACGAGAUCCUUGCCGGUGGUACGGCCGGAGGUUGUCAAGUGAUUUUCACCAACCCUCUGGAAAUUGUCAAGAUUCGCCUGCAGGUUCAGGGAGAAAUUGCGAAAAACGUCGAGGGUGCCCCUCGUCGUUCGGCCCUGUGGAUCGUGAAGAACUUGGGUCUGGUCGGUCUGUACAAGGGAGCCAGUGCCUGUUUGCUCCGUGAUGUUCCAUUCUCUGCGAUUUAUUUCCCAACCUACGCUCACCUGAAGAGCGACUUCUUUGGCGAAUCUCCCACGCACAAGCUCGGUGUCGUGCAGUUGUUGACUGCUGGUGCGAUCGCUGGUAUGCCCGCCGCUUAUCUGACCACCCCGUGCGAUGUCAUCAAGACCCGUCUCCAGGUCGAGGCUCGUAAGGGUGAAGUCGGAUACACUGGUUUGCGUCAUUGUGCCCAGACUAUCUUGAAGGAGGAGGGCUUCAAGGCCUUCUUCAAGGGUGGUCCUGCCCGUAUCAUUCGUUCCUCUCCUCAGUUCGGUUUCACCCUCGCAUCAUAUGAACUUCUGCAGAAGUGGCUGCCCAUGCCCGGGCACGAGGAGGUCACGCCUAGUGGUCAAAUUGAGCCCGGCGUCGGCCUCCAGGGUGCCAAGGCUCCUCUGCCAUAUCUCCGGUCCAGAAACGCUCUGAAGCUGAUCCUGGAUCUCGAUGAGAACAUUGGCCGUGUCAAGAUUCCUCAGGCCGACAAAUGGCCCAAGUUUAUGCAGACACCCAGCACUAACUAAGCAUGACUU